AUGAAUAAGACUCGCAUUUUAAGUGGUUACGAACUUGUGGAGAAAGGCAUAACCAAGAGUCAAGCAACUCUUCCUGAAUUAGGGUUAAAAGAUGUAAGCCCUACUGGGUCUUGGUUGGAACAAAAACAGAUUCAAUCUGCUAUAGAAAGUAGAAAACACUUAAUUGAUGCUGAACGAAUAGAAAAGAGUGGAGUAUUGAGUCAUGCAGUGUGGAGAGAAAGUUUGAUGCUAGCUGAAGUGACACAAAAAUCAGGAGGACACUGGCAAUUCAUGGGUCACAAUGUUGGCAAACAACUAUUUCUUUUUCCCGAGGAAGCCCUUUUCUUAAUGGAAGUUAAUUGUCUUCUUCUUAAACACAAUGAUGUAAAAGUUUCUUUGCAACAAGCAUAUUCAUUAUUGCUUAAAGACAGGAAAUCAUUAAUACAAUAUAAGGUAUAUGCAUCACUGAGUAGAUUGGGUUAUAAAGUAUUCCGACAUAAGCACAGAAAAGGUAAAAGUGAUAAUAUAAAUCAGUGCUCAAAAAACUAUAAUGCUAAAAAUAACAAUUCUAAAGAUAAUUUUGUUAAUAUAAGUACUUCAAGUGAUGCAGGAAAAUAUGAAAAUAAAGAAAACAAUGAUUCAGAAGCCCAAAUCAAUAAAACAACGAAAACUUAUGGUGAAAUCGAUUGUGACAUAGAAGUAAUAACUUGUGACAGAAAACCUGGUGAUCUUCCAACAUGUGGAGAUAACAGUAAAAAUAAUGCAACUAAUGAAGUAAUUAUAGAGACUAAACAUACAGAUAUUGUAAAGGAAACAAACUCGGAUUUGCAAAGUUCUACUGAGGAAGGAAAUACUACAUUAACUUAUGAAAAACUUGAAGAUAAAAAAAAUUUUGCAGUGAUUUAUCAAAGUCAAAUUAAAAAGUUGAAAAAGCGACUGCUUAAAUCUUGUGAUCCUAAGAAAAUUCACAAGUGCUUUAAUCCGAGUUAUGCCUUCCACGAACAAAGAUAUAAUGUUAGAAAUUUUAGAAAAAGAACGCGAGAUAAUGCCAAAAGUUUCCAUUUCGAAUCCCUCAAAAGACUAGCUGCAAGAUUAAAAAAUCUUAUUCAAGCUGGUAAUAGACAAAUACAGAACAUGGAAGCCCUUCAAAGUCUCAUACAAACAUAUAACACGCGUUAUAAAUCCAGAGUACGACUUUCCAGUGACUACGAGAUAAUUGAGGAUGAAAAUAUAUUAGAAACUAUAGAGUUAGAUGAUGAUGAAGAGACAAGGAGCAAAAAACCUCGUGUUGAUGAAUCAUUUGAUACAUAUACAGAAAAUUUUAACAAAAUUAAACAUCUCGCCAAUCAACUAAAACACCUUGAACGUGAUAACAAUGCCACUGCUCGUCAUAGGCGAGCAUUUUCAAAUCUAGUCAAAACUUUUAAUAAAUCUUACAAUGCUGAUAUUUACAUUAAUAGUAAUUAUGAUAUUAUAGAUAGGAGAUAUAUCGCUCUUGACGACUCCUCUUCUGACUCUGAUUGUGUUGUAAAUGAGUCAGUUGAUACCUCCAGUAGUAAAAAGUUGCGCAAUCCAUUUAACAUUUUGAAACGCCUCUCACAAAAACAUAAUAAAUCAAUAGAUGAUCCAAGUACUAGCAGUGAAAGUUUUGAUAAUAUAAGUGAUAACCCAAUCGCAGUUAAAGAUAACAAGUAUAGUGAAAAAACUUUGAAAUGCUUUGGCAGAAAUUGGCUACCCGACGAAAAUGAUUUUGGAAGAGCUGAAAUUGUAUCUGGCAAAUUAUUAAACAACGCAUGCACAGAAAAUUUUAUUUAUGAGUUUGUGAAAAUUCAUCCUUAUAAUUAUGAAAACUGGGUUGAUCUAAAAAUUUCUUUUUUGAGCAAUUUAGAAGAGACUACAGAAGCUUUUCAAAAUGAAGCUGAAAUAGAUAAAAAUGAAUCAAAAUCUAUAAUUAAACCCGAGGACUGUACUGAUAUGGUUUCUGUUUUGAAAAAACUAAGUAUUAUAAAAGCAAAUAAGGAUAAAAACUUUGAAGCCAGUUUAGUUAUAAAUUUUGACGUCUACAACAGAGAUGUUCAAAAUUUUAGAAAGACAAACCCACCUAUACCACAUUUUAGAAUAGUAUGCAUAGAGGAAUCGUCAAGUUUUCCGUCUGGGGAGGAGGUAGCAACCUUGCACGCAAAAUACAAUGAUUCGGUUUGUAUUGUUUUCGCAAUAGUUGGCGUUGGAUCGAUCUGCUAUUUACAAAUAAAUCACACAGAAUUACCAAUGUAUGUUUCCAGUGGUAAUAUAACGUAA